AUGUUGAACGGGUAUUAUGCCCGAAUAUCUAACAUGGCCGACAAUGCGUCAUUCUCAAUCGCUGCUGCUGCACAGCAGAAACAAGAAAUCGAAGCUCUCGAAAAUGUCGAGUCUCAGAGAGGGCUGGAAUCGGCAAACCUCAAUGUCCGAUAUAUGGAUCCAGAACACCGCGCCCGCGUCGAAAAGAGCCUCAAGCGCAAGCUCGAUGCUCGCUGCGGCUUGUUCGUCCUGAUUUAUAUCAUGAACUACUUGGAUCGAAAUAACAUCGCGGCCGCGCGGCUCAAGGGCCUUCAAGAUGACCUCGCGCUCAAUAACACACAGUAUGCGACCUGUUUGAGUAUUCUUUAUGUAGGAUACAUUUUGAUGCAGGUUCCGUCGAACAUGUUCAUCAACCGGAUCUCUCGCCCGUCGCUGUACAUCGCAUGUGCAAUGCUGCUGUGGGGUCUCAUUUCGACAUUGUCAGGCAUCGCAAAGAACUUCGCUGGCAUGGUUACAAUUCGAUUUUUCCUGGGCUUCGUCGAGGCGGCCUUCUUGCCUGGCGCGCUGAUGAUCUUGUCGAAGUGGUAUACACGCCGCGAGCUUACUUUCCGCAAUGCAAUUCUCUUCUGCGGCAACCUCAUCUCCAAUGCUUUCUCGGCACUCAUUGGAGCGGGCGUUUUGUCGAACAUGCAGGGCACACUUGGCCACCCAGCGUGGCGCUGGCUCUUCUGGAUCGAAGGUGCUAUCACCAUGGCCGUUGCCGUCUCUGCUGCCUUCAUCCUGCCCGACCUGCCGCAUAAUUCAAGGGGCUUUACCGAGGAAGAGCUCCAAGUGGCCCAGCUGCGGAUGGUCGAGGAUGUCGGUGAGGCCGACGAGGACUCGGCCGACCAGGGUGUCUUCGACGGCCUUAUCAUGGCACUGAAGGACGUCAAAAUCUACCUGAUGAUGCUCACAUUCACCGCUUACGUUGUUGGCCUGUCUUUCAACGCGUUCUUCCCUACAUUGACCGGUACUCUUGGCUUCGAGUACGUCCCGACUCUACUUAUGAGCUCUCCUCCAUGGGUGUUCUCUUGCAUCGUCUCGCUAAUCAACGCCAUGCACGCCGAUCGAACUGGCGAAAAGUUCUGGCAUAUCGUUGGACCCAUCUGUGUUGGAAUUGUUGGGUUCGUCAUCAGCAUGUCAACUGAGAACGUGGCAGCGCGCUACAUUGCGCUCUUCCUUCAAGCAUCAGCAUAUGCCGGGUUCAUCGUGUUUUACUCCUGGAUAUCCUCGUCUUUCCCACGCCCCCCUGCCAAGCGUGCUGUGGCCAUCGCCAUGAUUAACGCCUUCAGUCAGCUUGGCAAUGUGGCUGGCAGCUAUGUUUGGGACCUGAAGGAGAACGGUUACCGCAAGAGCUACGGUAUUGUCUUGUCCAUGUUCGGGAUCACAAUUGUGGGGUGCUUCGCGUUCCGUUUGAUUCUCAUCAAUCUGAACAAGAAGAUCGAGGCGGGAGAGCGUGCCUGGGAGACGAGACCGGAUGUUGCCGCUCAUACGGCCGAGGUGGAACAAAUCAAUGCCGACGAGGCCCUCAAGAUGCAGAAGGGCUUCCGCUACUUGGUGUAA